AUGUAUUCUGGAUUAAAAAGUGUCAUUGGGCGAUUAUUUGCAGUGUUUCUUGUGUGCUGUAUGAUUUUUUUAGCGUGUACAACCGCACUUCAGAAGAACACAUCAAAGAUUUCGACUGAAGAAGAUGAAAGCUGUUCAACAACGAGAGUCAGUAGUGUUCUGUCAAAUCUGACUUCUAAUGGAUAUGAUCCAAGAAUACGGCCACAUUAUGGUGGAGAUCCCGUGAGAGUUAAUGUCUCAUACAGUGUAUUGGGUUUCAGAGAUAUUCAGGAGGUUGAUAUGACGUUCGUGACUGAUAUGUAUUUUCGUCAAGAAUGGAGAGAUAAUCGUCUUCAGCAUUCUCUAAACUGCUCGUUGACGUUCAUAACAGGAGCAAAGAAGCCUGUUGAUUUCAUUUGGGUGCCUGAUGCAACUUUUGAGAACUCUGUAACUUCAUACGUGCAUGAUGUACUGGUUGGUAAUAACAGAGUUGAUAUUUAUCCUGAUGGUAGAGUCCUCUGGGGUGUAAGGGCUACGGCAAAAUCCUUCUGCGCUAUGGAACUCUCGUCAUACCCGUUCGAUGUGCAAGUCUGUCCUUUAACACUAGUCAGUUACAAUUAUCCAGUCAACCACGUAAAAUAUUCGUGGAAAGGAAGUUCAGCUGUAACGGUUUUUGAUAAUGAACUGUCGCAAUUUUUGGUAACUAAUAUGAAAUCCGACAGUACCGAGGCGGCAUACCCAGUAGGAAAAUACUCCAUCCUUCACACAUACUUCACAUUCGAAAGGAGGCUGGGAUAUUUCGUGAUGCAAGUUUAUACACCAUGUGCAUUUCUAGUCAUGUUAGCAGGAUUUUCUUUCUGGGUGGAUCCUAGAGCCACACCAGCUCGGGUUGCACUCAGCUUAACCACACUACUAACCACGGCAACAAUAUGGUCGUCGGUUAAUUCAAGAAUGCCCAAAGUUAGUUAUGUGAAAGCUAUCGACAUUUUCUUCCUGGUGUCUUUUGGUUUUGUUUUUUCGACCCUCAUGCAGUAUAUACUAUUGUUAACGUUGAAACAUCAGACGCACUUGAGGAAAUUGCGAAAGGUUUCGCCAGGAAACGACGUUUUUAGUAUCAAAAAGAGUAAGGUAAAUAAAGGUGUAAACCCAUCUUCCACUGUAAAAGUUGAACAAGAUCAAGAGCAAGCUAAACAACGUAUGCAACGUUACCAUUCUAUUUUUAUUGUGCCGACGGAAAAAAGUAAAAGUAAGGAGAGUGUAAAAGCAAAAAAGGAAGACACAUUGGAUCCAGAAACGCUGUACUACUACAAGCAGAAGCAAGAAUUUAAGAGCAUUCUGUGGCUUGAUAAAAUUAGCCGAGUUGUGUAUGUAUUAAGCUACUGUCUGUUUCUAGCACUGUAUUGGAAAACAUAUAAGCAUCGUGGCUAGGGAAGAAGUGGACGGCACAAUGAGCAUUCUUUAUCUAGUCUACAAUGUUUCCAAGGAUCCGAUUACGCUCCAUUGUAUUGAAGAUGGAAGAUAAAAAGAUGUGAAGUGUUCAAAUGAGAU